CAUUUACACAAGUGUAUAGAAACAAUGGAUCAGAGGAUAAUUACGUUGACUAGCCUUAUUCCAACAAUAAGCUUGGACAAUUGCUUGGAAAUUAGCAUCACACGAAAGUUCAAGCAUUUAGGUGUGUUAUCAAAGAGUGGUGUACUCUCUGUUUACUUAAUUUCUCGAAAAAUUGACUGUGUACAGAGACGGAUUUGGCGAAGUUCAAAUGAAGUCAACAGUUUUACAUUUUCUGAUGAUGGAAACCAGAUGGCAGUUGUUUACAAACAACACUCUUGUGAAGUAUUUCAAAUUAAUGAGACUAAUUUGGAACUGUUAUUUGCUGUUGCAUCAGAUGUCUUUUGUGGAUUGCUCUCUUCCUGGGAUCUUGAUAAAGGAGAAAUAAAAGAUAUAUCUGUGCUGUCAUGUGUGAAACAUGAUAUAGUGUUAUGUGUUGACAAGAGAUACCUUCUGUACCUAACUUGGAGAUAUCCAGAAGUUUUAAAUUUAGGCAAGAAAGUUCACAUACCAUCCUGCAUAUAUUUUACACAGAGUCGAGAUUACAUCUUUAUUCUUACAGUUGGAGGAAACAUAUCAUUUUACUCAAUUGAAAAUGGUCAAAAUGUUGGUACUUUCAACAUUUAUGCUGUGGUGUCCAGCAACACUGAAGAAUCGUAUCACUUUACUGCAAUUAGUGUGACUGGAGAUGGAAGAAAAAUUGCAGUUGCUGAUGAGAAGAGCAAUGUUUUCAUAUUAAAUGCUGAAAGUUUUUUCAGGAUCAGAAGCUAUCAGGAAGAAACAUGGGAUAGCAGUUCUAGCACCAUGUCCAUGUAUUCAGGCUCUUCUUCUAUUUCUAAGUCAUCUGCUAGUCUCCAGAAAUCAACCAUAAAGAGUGAUGACUCGGUGUCACUGAAUGUUCCUCAGGUUUCAAGAAAGGAUAAAAUUUUCUCAUAUAAAACAACAUGGAAGACUUACCUCAAUUCACUGGCAAUGAAAGAGGGUAAUUCACAAGAGACUGCGGAUAUGGCAUGUUUAUGUACAAAGCAGAGAACAAAUGUAUGUGCAGUAAAGCUGGUGAACCUAUGUAAUACGUAUCAGAACUCAUAUAUUAAGUCCUUCCACCUUAGUGAUAGUGGACUUAGAGUAUGGUUCAUGGAUUCUGACUCAUCUCUGGGUGGUAUGUUCAGGAUUUAUGACAGCACUUCCGGUGUUUGUAUCGCUGAAGUUGAGGUUCCUGAUGAUGCAGUUGUGGUAGCUGGAGGCUUUAUGGAUCACAUCGAUGCCAUUCUAUCAUCAAACAAGUUAUCAAUGUUCCUUGGAAACAUUUCACGGGAUGCCUUCAUAAAUAAGAUAAUGCAGUGUAUGGACACUGAAACAGUCAGUCAGCUGUUACAGGGUGAAGAAUGGAAAGACUUGACUGUGCCAUUAUCUGCACUGUCUGAAAGUCUGAAACAACAUCAGAUGGAUGUUGCUCGUUUAUCAUUUGGUUUGCACUCACAAGCCUUCAAGAAUACAUUCCAUGAAAGUCCAUCAGAUGAAAACUUCUUGAAAAUACUGAGCAAUGCAACAAAAAACAUGAAUGAUUUAUUUCAUGUUGUUGAAUGUGCUGUCAAGGAAAACUUAAGAAAUGUAGCUUUUACUUCUAACUUAAUUUUGCUGUCUUUGAACCAUGCAUAUGAACUGAUACAGUUUUUACACAACAAAAUCUACAGUGAAAGAAGAAACAGUGAAAUCUCAGAUUUCAUGGACAAACGUGAAUUAAAACACAUUGUUACAGAAAUAAUGGCACAUGUCAUAAAUUUACGAUCCCAACUUAGCAGAUACCCAAAGGAGCAAAACACUACUGUGAAUGAUUACCAACCACUUGACAGUUUGUCAGAAGAUUCAAAGCUAUUGUGGAACUCAUGGACCUCUAUGGAUGACGAAAAUAUUGUACUUGAUUCAGUUUCUAAAAAUUCUGUACCUCUGGCCCAGACAUACUUGAUUAAAGAGCGUAACUGGAAACCGCAAGGGAUAAUGACUACUAUGAGGAACAUAGUUAAUAAAAGAAUCCAUGAACUCUUGAGAGACAAAGACAUUGCACAGUCAAGAAUGCUUCUGACUAAUGUGGGUUAUAAUUCUGAAGAAGAGCUGAGAAAUUAUAAUUCUGAAGAAGAGCUGAGAAAUAUAUUUAGAAAAUCGAGUGAGAGAAAAAUACGUGAUAAUGUUGCAAAAUACUUGGUUGACCACCACUCCUUGGACCUUCUUGAAAUUGAGGCGUGGAAAUUUAUUUUGCUUUUGGAAGACCAUUUAGAGGCAGUUGAAUUUUCUGGUACCAGUGAAUUCAUGUACCAGACAACCAGUAAAAAACAAAAACAAAUGCAGAAUAAGGAAUUUUUGGGAACAGAUCAGAAGCUAACAGUGGAUGUUGUUCUUAAACAACCACCUGACUGGAAAUCAUUAGUGUUGACUGAGAUUUUCUUUAAUGUUCCAGGUUCGCAUUUACAAACCCUUCUAAAUCCAGAUGUUACUUGGAAAUAUUUACUACGUAACAACAGAGAUGAUAUUUUGAUAUGUUGGAUAGAUUCUUAUUAUAACAAUGGUAACCCUCCAGAAGAAUCAUUGGAUUGUUUACACCAAUGGGAAAAUGCUAUGAAAGAUCUUUCAUAUCAAAUGGAGAAAGAUAAUUUGUGUGUUUUGACUUCUGUUGAAGUAGCAAGAAUGUUUGCAUCAAUGGAGAUAUCACAGUCUAUGAUAGACAAUAUAAGAUCAGAAGAUGCAAUGCAGACAACGAAAGAUCUUGUAUUGGACCAUUUGAGCAGGUUUGGAGUCUUCGAUAGUCAUGAAAAAACUAGAAUUUCCAGCAUACUCAGAAGAUUUGCCAGGGCAUCAUCAUUACACAGGCUGAAGGAUAUUCUAAAUGCACCAACAGCUAAUAUAAGUCUGCAAAGUGUUCACCAGCUGUUGACAGAGCUCAUACUCAAGCAUAAAUUAUACAAUUUGCCAUAUGUGUGCUUGGAAGACAGUAAAUACACGGAAGAACAAAUUCAGGAACUGUGUGAAACAUUUCCUGAUAGUGAAAGUACCGAGUUACAUUGGUUUAAAUUGUGGCUGGCAUUCAGAGAUUUCAAUCCUAAUACUGCAGAUGCAGCAUUCAUUUAUAAUCUAAUACUUAAAACCAUACAGUACUUAGGGAAUAACAAUGUAGAAGCAUUUUUAAAACAACAUCCACUUGUUGUUAUUGCAUUGAUAAUGUUCAGUGGUGAGAGUCUCUCAGCUGUGUAUGAGCAAGGGGAGCUAGAAAACUCACCUGUAACAAAAGAAAUCUUUCAGUCAACCUUGCAGAAGUUACCUCUUUUAGAAAUGUCUCUGAUGUCUCAAAGAAAAACUGAUGAAGUGCCAGAUAUCACAGUGUAUGAAUUACUGCAGAAUUGUACACCAUUUGAUAGUCAGAAAUUUUUUUCUUGGCAGCAGACUGAGGCAGUGGAUCUGCCACAUUUUUCAAUGCCAAAAUUGGUCUCUAAAUAUGGAUACAAAUGUAAAUUGGAUUACUUGUAUUAUUUGAAACAAGGACGGCCAAGUUUUGCUGCAAAUACUUUUUUAGUAGAACAGUUCAAGUGCCACAAGAGGAAAUCAAAAACGAUGACGAGGCAAGCUUCAAGCUAUGCUCAUGGUGUGGCAUUACAAAAUUUCAGAGACACUUGUAUUACAAGUGCUUGUGUAUCAUUUGUGGAAAUGUUGGGUGCCAACUCAGAAGUUAUGAGAGUACAUAUCACAGCUGCAAAUAAAAUCUUAGAUUAUUUGGUUUCAGAAGAACAAACUUCAACAACAAAUACUGAAUUAUUAGUGGAAAAAGUUGCUUUGCUUAUGCAUGGACUAAUUGUGAAAAAUCCUGAGGCUCCUGUUGAAAUCUUAUCUUUGUUACAAUCUGCAUUGCUGUGUGACUCAGCAAUUCCACAGUCUGACAGUGACUCAGAAAAGGUUGUUAUAAAAGCAAUUAUUCAAUGGGAACUUGCUGUAAAAUUUGCAAAAAUCCACAAAAUAAAACUUCCAGAAGGUUUUUUGAAUUGUUGUGCCAAGAAAGAUAUGUGGUUGCCUUUUUUGAUGUUUGUUGAUAUCCAUCAGUAUCCCAUUCCUCAGGUGCUGGAACUGACAAAAAGCUUUAAAUCCAAGACACUGCAAGAACAUUUAUAUCAUGCAGUGGAAAGCAACAUCACAACCAAGUCACAAGAAAGCAUAGCAGCAAGGAAACUGACUCAAGAUUCAAGAAAGCAAUAUUACUCUAAGAUUGGAUUUAAAAAGGGAAAAGCCAUCAAUGCUCCCAGUACAAGCACAGACACCUGCAGCAGCUCCAGCGAGGACAUGUACUCUUCACAGACAUCAGCUGAUGGCACACCUGUAAUUAGUGACAGUUACAGUGACAACUUGCUGUUGGUGCUUCUUCAGUGCCACAAUAGCCCUGAUCCACCAAGAGCACUUCUGUCUUCCUCACUUUUGUUGAGAAACCCUAUUCUUUCAGUCUUUGCAAACUGUUACGAGCCCUCAUCAGUUGUAGAAUGCACAUGUACCUGGCUGCUUUCGUCACUUCCACCAAAAAAUGCUUCCACCCUUUCACAAAAGCUUGAAUUGGCUCUUCGACAACAGCUGUGGACCCACCGUGAACUGCAGUUAGUAGUGGAAGAAACUGUUCGAGCUCGUUUCUUACCAACUUUAGAAAGAGGUUUCAAGAUAUUUUUGCCGGAUAAUCCUCUGUGCACCUUUAGUACCUUCUUGAGGCUCUGUGUUACAAAUCAAGAUUUUGGUGGCAGUUCAGUGACUCUGAAGCUUUUCAAAAAUAUGUGUGUAAACUUGAGGAAAAAGGCAUCCCUCAAAGAUAUUGAUACACCAGAUGAUGCAUUCCUAACAAAUGGUUAUUGGCUGUCAUAUAUAUCUAUUCGCCUGAUUGCUAUUGUUGCUGCUAACUGCUUUACAUCGACAUUCUGUCAGCAGCAAUUUCUGCGAACAUUACGUGAUUCUGGAUUUUCAGAUAAUUUACCAGAUGCACCUGAUUUUCAUUAUUUACUGGAGGUUGUACAGUGCUUAGCAGAUAGUAAUGUCAGGCCAGAUUUGGAAGUCCUUUGUUCAGUAAAUGUUGAUGACCACAAACAAGAAAUUCAGCGCUGCAUAAGUGAACUUCUACAAGAAAAAUCUCACCAGAAAGCACUAAAUUUGGCAGCAAUUACAGGGAUACCAAAAGAUGACAUUUUCAUUGCUCAGUGUUUGUAUGAUUAUACUGCAUUAAACCAAUCUGAAAAUAUUGAAGAUGUAGAAGAUUUCUGGAAAAAAUGGCACAACAUAUUUUCAGAUGAACAAGUAAAUGCAGCACUAGUCGCAGAGUUCUUUCGCAAAUGUUCGCAAGCUGCAAAAACACUCACAGAGAGAUACUGCAUCCUGCACUUGUCAUUAAUGUGGUACCAGAAAGCGAGACUAAGCAGUGGCAUCUUGGACCGACAAAUUGAAGAUGAAGUUGAAUUUGAAAUGUGGCUGUGCUGGAUUCAUUUAGAUACAAACUCGCAGACAGUUCCUGAGAGUAAUGUUACUCAGAAGCUCUGCUAUUUAAAAACACAGUUGCUGGAGUUAUCAGGAGUUGACAAAAUUCAGCAGUCAAAAACUUUAGAAAUAACUGAGGAAAUACUGAAACUUGAUUCUGUUAUAGGAAAAUUGCUAGACCAGGGUGACAUAAUUUCGUGUUGCAGGCUGCAGAAGUUUUUCAUACAUAAAAAUCAGGACUUGCAACUUAUUCUAAUGUGCAUGGAUUUAGCUGAAGGUCAGUUAACACCAUAUCAGCUUCCAGCGGAAUAUAGGGCUUUGUUGAAUCCAGAGCAACCUAGAAACGUAACAGGAGGAUACAAGAAAAAAUCAGUGAGGUCAAAACGACUUUCUUCUAUGUCAUCAGCCUCAUAUAGUCUUCUUAACUACAGCAUAAGUACUGACCAAGCAGAUGAUUCACAGAAAGAAUAUCAGGACACACUCUGUCUCCUCGAGAAGCUUGCCGACUGUAUAGAACAUGGGAAACAUCUCGCUUCAAGAAUAAUUGCGUACUAUCGAGUCUCUGUAAAUUUGGGGCUGACUUAUAAGCAUGUAAUUAGUUUGGAAGAUCCACUAUCGCUAAUCAGAACUGCUGUUGAAAAUGACACUAUAAAUAAAUUAGUAGUUGUGAAUGAUCUUGUAUGUUGUGCUGGAUCUACUGAUGAAGAAAUAGCUGAACUUUUGUGUUCAGAAAUUGUGGCAGCCAUCACUAGGCAGCAUUUGCAAGGUGGUAACCAAAAUCCAGAUAUAGUUCGAUUAUGGGGCUAUGAUUUAGAUGCAAAUUUCCAUAUGAUAUUGGAACUUUGUGAAAAUCCAUCAUUGUUGGGAUCACAGCUGUUGGAAGUUUCGAAUAGAUUUGGAUCUAGUCAAGGGGAAACUGCAUAUAAAGUGCACAAAGUCAUCAUUGAGUUAGUGAUUCGAGCACAUGAUUGUUUUACUGCUGCUUGUGAUAUGGAAGGAAUAGCAUCUGUGCUCAGAAAGUCUCGUAUACUUACAACAAGUCUGUCGAAGAAGGAAGAAUGGGGACUGAUGGUCCGCUUACUUACUGGUGUUGGUCGGUAUAUGGAAAUGACUUACAUUUUCCAGAUACUGAAAGAAAAUGCACAUUUUGAACUUCUGCUUGGAAAAGGACUUGACAAGGUCCGUGGUUUAAAGGUGGCCCUACUAGAUUUCUUGCGACAGUUCUGUCCUCAAGAUAAGGAUCUCUUCCGUCUGGUUGUUCUCCAUUUUAGUAUGUUUGGAGAUGCUGCAAAUUUGUGGGAAGCUGAUGCUGAUGAAGCCAUAAGUAGUGCGCUGACCUCAGUGGACGAGAACAGGCAAUUACCUAAUACAAGUGAUGUUAAACAGUUGCUUCAGAAAGCUGUAAUUAAUUAUAGUGAUGCAGCACGGUAUUACUUGAAGGCUAACAAACUCAUAAAAGCUAUGGCAAUAGCUCAUAAAGCAGAGCUAGUUGCUCUCCAAAUAUCUUUACUGAAUUCUGUGCCUGCAGGCCAGUUGGUGAAUUUAUUGAUUAACUUGACUGCAAUGGAAGUUUCUGAUGUGAUAGUUAACAAAUUGAGCUUCCCACAAGCUUGCAUUUUAGCCCGGGCUUACAACCAUCCAACUGACUGGGGAGCAGUGCUGUACCAGCAUUGCAUUGUCAACAGAGAGGCAACAUAUUUCUCAGAAUUUACCCACAGCAUGACACUCACAACUGCUCAUGUAGAGGAUAUAGCUAGAAGAUUCCAGAUGGAGCCAAAUGUGACACAGGACAUGGCACAAGAAAUGAAAAAAUUCAUUUUACAUGCUCCUAGUGUUGAAGUCAGAUAUCGAAUUGCCAGUCAGCUGGGAUUCAAAGACAUUAUUCAGAGUCUUCUUAAUGGGCCUGAGGUAGCAUAUCUGAAAGACACUAUAUGGAGAAAAGGUUUUAGAAGACAUAACGUUCUAUAAGAUUAGAAAGAAUUUUGUGAUCAAUUAUUGUGCACGUCACAGACUUCCUGUUGCCAGGAUAAGAUAUUACCAUUACUGACCCAUAUUAUUUUAUAAAUUAUUUAUUCUUUAUUUAACGUGACACAGGAAGUCAUUUACCUAGAGAAAUAAUUAGUCAUAUCUCACCUAACAUAGUGACAUUUGUGCUAGAUAUGUAAUUUUCUGUCUACAGUAUUCAUAAUUGGGUCUGCAGGAUAAACUGUGCCCUCACACUUGAUUUUCAAUUCUGCUAACACCAAACACAAGAGUUUUUUUUUUUUACUUUAAACAGUAAAAGCAAUUUAACAUUAUCUAUGUGCAUGCAAACCAAUACCUUGAAGAUGAAAGUUUUAAUUCAUCAGUAUGCACAUAAAAAAAGUGCAACCAUUCUUGUUCAAAGCAAGAUGUGCUACCAUAUGUUUAGAACUUAACAGUGAGUCCACUAUACUUGCAUGUGUUUCUCUCUGUCUUAACACUUCAUUUUUAAAAUGACCAGAGAUCUCUUCUCUCAAGAAAUGUUUCAUAUUAGAACAAUAUUAUGAAAAGGAUAGCUGCUACUCAUCACGUAAUGGAGAUGCUGAGUCACAGAUAGGCACAAGAAAAAGACUUCGGAGAUGGAACAUACAUACCCGCAUUCACACAAAUGCAACUCACAUGCACAUGACUGCAGUCUCUGGCUGCUGAGGCCACAGCAGCCAGAGACCAUGGCCAUGUGUAUGUGUGAGUUGGAUUUUCAUGAAUAUGUUUUUGUACGUUCUGUUUCCGAUGAAGGCCUUGUUGGCCAAAAGCUCAUUUUCUGACAGUCUUUUUGUUGUGUUUAUCUGCGACUCAGCUUCUGUGCUAUAUGGUGAGUAGCAACUAUCCUUUUCAUAAUAUUGUUACAUUCCAACCUGGAUUUUCUUUUAGAACAUUUGCAUUUUAAGGAAAUUAUAUUUCAAAUGACAUGAAGAAAAGCACAUUAUAAAUAUUUAUUAAAACGUUACUUACUCUGACUUUAAUAUCACCCUGUUUCCUUUUUAUUACAAAACAAAUUUGCCAGGUGGUAUGAACAGGACAAGAGAAACACUUGUUUUCCAGAAUGAAUAUAUAGGUAAUUUUAAUAAUAAUGUUAAUGACAUAUAUUUCAGUUUAAAUCUAAAUAUGAACAUUUUACAAUACAGUGUUUGCAAUUGACAUUUCAAUAACAUCAUGUAAUUUUAUUUUCUUAUUUCAUGUAAAGCAUCACAUUUUAUAAUCAAUACACUGAAAAGUAACCAUAUUUGUGCACAAAAAUUUUUUACCUGGGGUAAAAGUUUGGUUUCUAUGAGUCGAUUCUCAAGUAUGUUGUUUACAUCACUCUAAAAUAUAUGUAUAUGCUACACAAGACAUUUUAACAUUGUUUAACAUUAUGAAGCUGUGAAUACUGUCUACUACUCAUAAGGAAUGCUGUGACAGGCUUUCCACAAAUAAUGAAAAGAAAAGUGAAGGGGUGAAUCAUUCACUCCAAUAUAUUUAAGAAUAGUGGUUUGGUGUGUAUAUGCACCACACUGAAAUUGGUAGAACUCUAGGAAGAUACUGAUUUGGUUGACUUGAAUGUAACUUCUGCUUAUCCAGUGAAAUAGACUAGAAAGUGAAGGCAGACAUGUUUAUAGUGCUGAAAAUGUUUGUGAGGAUGUUUCAGUACUUUAAUUCAUUGUGCUCAAUGUUAUGUCCCACUUCAUAUUUUAUGUAACCAUAGGAAAAGAUUAAAAACUGGUAACAUUUUGAAAGUCAUUUCAUCAGCAGCACCCAGAUUUUAAUCAUCAAGCUGUAAGAUAAUUUUGUUAAUUUCUUAGAGUUAUGCAGCAAUACCGUCUUGACAACAGAUGUGGUAUUACAAUUACCAACAGCUCAUGGUUUCUUAUUAUAAGCUUCUGUACUUCAAAUAGUGAGUAAGUUAGGAGUAUGAAACUUUAUACGCACAACAGUCAACUAUGCAUGCUGUGCCUUGUGCUAUAUUAUUGUGAUAAAAUGAUAAUUAAGUGCCUUAAUUUCAAUAGUGUCUGAAGAAUGACAACAUUGAACAACAAUAUUGUACUGAAUUAAAAUAUUGUACUGAAAAAUCAAAUAUUCCAUGUUCCUAUUAGUGUUUAAUGAACUAUAAAUAAAUACUUAUGAAUCUCCAAGUAGUUUGUAUAUACUGUUUUAUGCAUUUAUAUUAUUAAGAAAGAUUAUGAGAGUGUUG